CAUUGACUAUCACUGACUCCAAUUACCCAUUUCAUAACAUCAUCAUGUCUGACUCCGAGAAACGAUUCACCCCCACAACCGGACAAUUGAUCAAGUACGCAGGACUGAACGGGAAUUCACUCUUAUACUGUGUUGUAGGUAUCGCAACAUGUGGUUUCAGCUUAUUCGGUUAUGAUCAAGGUUUGAUGUCUGGGAUCAUUGCUAGUGAACAAUUCAAUACCGAAUUUCCAGCUACACACCAAUCAUCCCCUUCCGAUGUUCACGCUGGUACAGUCCAAGGAACCGUCACAAGUGUUUACGAAGUGGGAUGUUUCUUCGGCGCUCUCUUUGCAUACUUCUUCGGUGAACGUAUGGGUCGUAGAAAGGUCAUGCUGCUAGGAGCUGUCAUCAUGAUCAUCGGAACCGUUCUGUCGGUCACUAGCUUUGGUCCUGGUUCUUCCAAUGGGACUGGGAAUGUGGGAGGUUUCGUACAAUUCAUCCUAUCCCGGGUUAUCACAGGUAUCGGCAACGGCAUGAACACAGCUACCAUACCCAGUUGGCUGGCAGAGACGACCAAAGCCCAUAACCGAGGGUUCCUCAUUUGUAUGGAAGCAUCAACGGUGUCCCUAGGUACUUGUCUAGCAUACUGGGAAGAUUUCGGGCUUUCCUAUGUGAAAAGUUCCGUCUCCUGGAGGUUUCCAAUUGCUUUCCAGAUCGUCUUCGCUCUCAUCCUUCUCGGGGGCGUCUCGGUACUUCCAGAAAGUCCGAGGUGGCUAAUCGCUCAUGGACAACACGCCGAGGGUUUACGAGUUAUUGCGGCUCUCAGCGCCACCUCUGUGGAAGAUCCCUUGGCCAUCACAGAGAAGGACAGAAUUACCGAUGCACUUACCGCCCAGCGUACUGUUCUCACCUCUAACAGACGUGAUAUCCUGAAGUCCGGUAAACAACAACACCUUCGCCGAGCCCUCGUGGGUGCCUCUACCCAACUGUUUCAGCAACUUGGUGGAUGCAACGCCGUCAUCUACUUCUCUACCAUACUAUUCGAGAAUCAGAUCGGACUCGAGCCUCGUUUGUCUUUGGUGCUCGGAGGAGUCUUGUCGACUGUAUACGCCAUCUUCGCAAUGUCAUCAUUCUUCCUCGUGGAAAGGGUCGGUCGACGCAAGCUCUUCUUGGCCGGUACGGUGGGUCAGGCUACAGCUAUGUUCAUCACUUUUGGCUGUCUGGUAAGCGGGGGACGUCAAUCUGCCAAAGGAGCAGCUUUCGGUUUGUACCUCUUCAUCGCGGUCUUCGGAGCAACAUGGCUUCCCCUUCCGUGGCUUUACCCAGCUGAGCUCAACUCGAUGGCAGUGAGGACUGAAGCGAAUGCCAUCAGUACCAUGACCAAUUGGUUGUCAAACUUUUUGGUCGUCCAGGUAUUGCCCACAAUGACGGCUUCUAUCGGAUCAUACACCUUCCUGAUCUUCGCCAUCGCCAAUGUCAUAUUCCUGCCUUUCAUUUUUUAUCUUUACCCGGAUACGACAGGGAGAAGCCUUGAGGAAAUUGAUAUCAUUCACGCCCAUGCGUAUCUCACGGAAAGACGGCCCACAUUGAUUGCGGCCGAGCUGCCCAAACUCACGGAUCACCAGAUCCAAGUCAUGACGGACCGAUAUGAUAUCCACGGAGGCGUUGCAGAUGUCGAAGCACCCAACACCUAUGGAACGGCCGAGAAUGCGGAAAAAACAGAUACAACCCUGCCACCUCCUCACCCGGAGGUGGUGAAUGGUGCCCGGCUUGGGCAGCGAGCGGACGACUCUACGAGUGGGACGAUCACUCGGGUACCAUCCCAAGCAGCGGAUGAGGUUAUGAAAGUCAAGUAGACCGCUAUCUAUUCAUCAUAUAAAGAAGGCAAGCAAUGCACAAGGAGAGAUAAGCAUGUAGCAUGUAGCGAUAGUAGAAAAGAUUAGAUUAUGCAAUCGUAAGUUUGGUUCCUCGUUU